AUGGCUCAGUUUGCCCAGGUCCUGGCUGAAAUAGGUGACUUUGGACGCUUCCAGGUACAGCUGCUGAUACUGCUGAGUAUCCCCAACUUCCUAUGUGCUUACUACAUGUUUGCCCAGGUCUUCAUGAUCCAGGAUGAGGCCCACCACUGCUCAGUGGCCUGGGUCAAGAACCACACUUUGAACCUGAGUGCUGCUGAGCAGCUGACACUGAGCGUGCCUCUGGAUGCUGCAGGCGAGCCUGAAUCCUGCCUCAUGUUCCGGCCGCCCCCCGACGGUGCCAGCCUGGAGGACAUCCUCAGCCACCGCUUCAAUGAGACACAGCCUUGCGAGGCAGGCUGGGAGUAUCCUGAGGACAGGCCCCUGUCCCUAAAGAACGAGUUCAACCUAGUGUGUGAUCAGAGGCACCUGAAGGAGACCUCACAGUCGGUGUACAUGGCCGGGCUCCUCGCUGGGUCUCUCAUCUUUGGGCCUCUCUGUGACUGGAUCGGCCGCAAGGCCACUAUCCUGGUACAGCUACUCCUCCUCGCCCUCAUCGGCUUGGCCACGGCCUUUGUGCCCAGCUUCGCGCUCUACAUGGUCCUGCGUUUUGCCAUGGCUACUGCUGUCGCUGGGUACGCCUUCAGCAAUGUGACCCUGCUUACAGAGUGGAUGGGGCCCUCGAGGCGGACUCAGGCCGUGGUCCUGGCCCAGUGCGCCUUCUCCAUGGGGCAAAUGGCGCUAGCAGGACUUGCCUAUGGCAUCCGGAACUGGAGGCUUUUCCAAAUAGCUGGCACGGCACCGAUCUUGCUGCUCUUCUUCUACUUCUGGGCUCUGCCAGAGUCAGCACGGUGGCUUCUGACCCGGGGGAGGGUAGAGGAGGCUAAACAAGUGAUCCAGAAGGCAGCCUCAGUCAACAAGCAGAGAGUCUCCCCAGAGCUCCUGAGCCAGCUCGUCCCAGAGAAGACAGGCCCCUCAGGGAAUGCCCGGGAUCUGUUCAGGCACCCCCAGCUCUGGAAGGUGACCCUGAUCCUCUUCUGUGUCUGGUUUGUGGACAGCCUGGGCUACUUUGGCCUGAGCCUCCAAGUCGGUGACUUUGGCCUGGACAUCUACCUGACGCAGCUAGUCUUCGGAGCAAUUGAGGUGCCUGCCCGCUACUCCAGCAUAUUCAUGAUGCAGUGGUUGGGCCGCAAGUGGAGCCAGAUGUUGACUCUGGUUCUGGGUGGCCUCAUGUGUAUUGCCAUCAUCUUUGUCCCAGCAGAUCUGCCGGUGGUGGUCACUGUGCUGGCUGUGGUGGGCAAGUUUGCCACGGCUGCCGGCUUCACCAUCUCGUACGUGUACACUGCCGAGCUCUUCCCCACCGUCAUCCGGCAGACGGCCAUGGGGCUGAUGGGCAUCUUCUCGAGGACUGGGGGUAUCCUCACCCCUCUUGUGAUCCUGCUGGGCGAGUACCAGGCAGCCCUCCCCAUGCUCGUCUAUGGCAGCCUCCCCGUUGGGGCAGGCUUACUCUGUGCCCUGCUGCCGGAGACGCGUGGCCAGCCCCUGAAGGACACCAUCAAGGACCUGGAGCAGGGGCCGUACCCUCGGCCUCCAGAAUCAGUACCUUCAGGAAAGGAGACAGAGGCCUCAGGAAGAACUUCCAGCCCAGGGGUGACUUUUGUGAGCAGUACGUACCUCUGA